GAACCUGCAGAAGUAAGGAACUGCAGACUGCUUACUAAACCAACACGGUAUUUCCUCAGGUUUCUUUAGUUUGGACGUACUGUGGGCACCUGUUUGUGAAGCAGUUAUUUUGUAUAUUGUCUUACACUUUUUCUAAGCAGGGUUUAAUGGAAACACAGUAUAAUGUGACAUUUUGAUACUGAUUUAUUUUCUUAAACCAGGUGUGGAGUCCCCUGACCCUCACCUCUCACCAUGUGUACGGGAAGGUGUGCUCACUGCCUCGGGAUCUCUCUCCUCCCUUUGGCUUUGGCCUGCACCCUAGCCAACGCUUUCCUUCUCUUCCCAAACUUCGAGUACCGCUACCUCAUAGAGGGGAACGUCAGCAGGCAUGCAUGGGUUAUGAGUGGACUAUGGGGUGGGGGAUUCAUGGUUUUUAUUGCUGCCAAAUCGUUUAUGUCCGCCAGUUCCAAAACAGGAUGCUGUGAAUUCAGGACUAAAAUGCUGUGCUCAACCCUGUAUUCCGCUGUGGCACUGACUGGCUCCACCCUGUGCUUCAUGAUCUGCUGCACCGGGCUGGUAAAGGGGCCUCUCUGUGCGUACAAAGUGACCUUCAGCAACAGAAGCCAAGGACUGGAGUGGGGCUACCCUCUCGAGCAGUUCAGCACAAGGGAGGUGAACUAUCUCUACAAUCGCACCUCGUGGUUCACUGUCUGCGUGGAGCCUCACAACGUGGUGCUCUGGAAUGUGGUUCUCUUCUGCAUCCUCCUGGUGCUCAGUGGAGCCGAGACCCUUCUCUGUGUCGUACAGAUUCUCAACGGCAUCGCUGGCUGUGUAUUUGGUCCUGGUGUAAGAAACAACAAGGUUGGACCGGUUUGAAGCAAGGAACCUGAAGCAAGAGAAUGCGGUAGCCUGCAGGUCAAGUUUGAGUUUUUGAAAACCAUAACAGAUGCUAUAAACUGGAAAGUCUCAAUCUGGAUUACUGUAUGGAACUAUGGCUUCAGUCACAACAUGCUGUAAUUGGAAGACAUUUUCCUGAGUUCCCUGCUGUGGCAACAAUCUGAUCUGAACGUUCAUCUUUCUUGGGUGGGGGAAGCGUGAGGGAAGCUGAUUGUCCUGGAGGGAGAAAAAAAGCCUGAGAUGUCUUAGAACAAAAACUUACGAACAAGAGGCCAUCCAUCUAAGAUCAUCUGGUUCCUAGUAGCUGACUGAUCUCAGAUCUCAAGUUGGGUCUUAAAGAAUCCAAGUGAUUCUGCCUCAACAACACGACUGGGUAACCUAUUCCAUUCCCUCCCAUUCUCUGUGUGAAGAUGUGCCCCCUUCCCUUCAAUUAAUUUCCAACUGUGCCCUUUGGUUCUGGUUUCUGUACUGCGCUUAAAGUAUUGGUUAAGAUUAACCCUCAUAAAGACACGUCGGAAAACUGACUUUCCUGGUAACCUGGGGUCCAACUGAACCCCAGCAAUAAAACAACAUAUAACUAACAACUGCAGUAAGUGAAUGAAUGAAAAUGUGCAUAUGAACACUUUAUUUUGCUUUUCCUUUACUUCUAGCCAUUGUUUGGUAUAAUGUGUUGUUUAUGCUAUGCAAAAUGGAUAAGACGCCCAAUGCACACAGCUGUCUCUUAGCAAGUGAAGGCACCACUGUAUUUCCUCCUCUUUCAUUUGGUAUAUUGACUGAGUUCCUAGCUCUUUCCAUUCUUGAGUUACAGGCACUUGAACACACCUCCCGAUUUGCUGCACGUCACAGCAAUGGAGCACUGAAUGAGGGGGUGGUAGAAAGUACACAUACGGGCAUGCCUGACAUCAAUGGAAACCGCAAAGCCUGCACUUUUAAAUGACGUUGAAACCACAAUGUUAUCUGUUGAAGCGACCGAGUAAUAGGCAACAAACGAAACUUAGGAGCUUAGGGGCUUAGGGGACACUUCUGUAAACGGCAGCUCCACAUACGCCGGUCUGAGUAGGCACUCAGGCCCUUGUAAAUGAGCCAUGGCUCAGACCAGCUGUCUGAGUCCCUGGGAAAGGUGCUGAGGUAGAUACCCAGUUGGACAUGGGCUUCUGGGCUGCUGGGGUGGGAGUAAAUCACCCAGGUUGGGGGCAGAAAGUUUGUCUCAGGAACGUGCGGUGUUCCGUUCUGAGAUGGACGACACCCAUGGACAGCACUCAAUGCAAGGCUGUUGAAUGAACGGAGGGGAUAGAGUUGGUUCUCUGGACCAUUUGAGGGAUUUACUGUUUAGGUGUCACCACACUCAAGAAUGGGGGCCAGAAAUCCAACAAGACUCCCGUGACACCUGUGGGGUUGCUCCAGCUGCCCCUCCAGAAACACAGCCCCAUCAUCUUUGCCUGAGGGCCUGU